AUGGCCCCCUUCACAGGUAUGGUCCUCGCCGACCUAGGCUGCGACGUAGUCCGCAUCGACCCUCCAUCCCGAAAACGCACCAAAACAACAACACCACAAAAACGCUGGAUAGACUCUCUAUGUCGACACAAAAGUUCCAUCAUUGUCGAUUUCGAGUUUUCUGCAUCCCGGCAAGCCUUUUUGAGAUUGCUUGAAGUUGCCGAUGUGUUGAUUGAUUCCUAUCGACAGGACGUAUUUGAGCGCAUGAUUGGCAUGAGUGCCGAUGAGCUGUGUGAACGAUUUCCAAAACUCAUUUACGCACGUGUAACGGGGUUUUCGCGCUACGAUGAAAGAUAUGCAAACGCAUUAGGCCAUGAGAAUAACUUCGUGGCGGUCUCUGGUGCGCUGCCUGCAUUGCAGCAUGCGACGCCUACAAACAGAACCGGUAUAUCCAAUAAAGAUAGUGUGAUAUCAAGGCCAACGGUCAACUACUUAGCCGACUUUGGCGGCGGAAGCAUGUCAUGUGUUGUUGGUAUUCUCGCAGCUGUCAUCCACCGCAACGCAUCUGGGAAGGGCCAAAUUGUCGACGCAAGUGUUCAGCAGGGAACGCGGUAUUUAGCCACAUUCCCAUUGCAGCGAAGGAACGGUCAACCAGACACCGAACCAUCACUUACAGGCGUUAAUGAUGCGCCGUGGUCGGACGUGUACAAAACGGCUGACGGGAAGUUUAUGAUGGUGUCCAGCAUCGAGGACGCGCUAUAUGAACGCUUGAUACGCGGAUUAGCACUCGACCCAGCGAUGAUGCCGGAUCGGAUUGACCGCCGGAACUGGCCCGUGAUUAGAGACGUGUUGGCGGCUAGGUUUGCGUCGCAGUCUCAAGAUCAUUGGAGGAGCGUAUUUGAUCAAUUACAAGCCUGCGUUAGUCCUGUGCUGGAUGUGGAUGAUGGCCAUGUUAGAUCUGAGCAGCCAUUGGUGCAUAUGAGUCGUACGCCGUCUUUGCCAACAGCGACGACAGCAGAGGCGAUGGGCUCCGGAACGAAGGUUCCGGAGCUAGUCCCGGGUGGAGAGAACGAAGAGGUCGUUCGUCGCUGGCUCGGGACUGAUGACAUUCGUCCGGAUGACGGCGGUCGUAUUCGGAUUGUGUCUAAGUCCAAACUGUGA